GUCGGCCGCAGAGUGCGUUGACGUUACCGCCGCGAACGUGUCUUCCGCGUUCGUUCCGACGAAAACAAAGUGCUCGCCGCGUAUAAAACUGCUGACCCGUCGCCCGGUGAGCUUCAAUUACGAGGCGAGACGUGUACUGCUGCAUCGAAUACGAUUGGCGUUCCGACGAUUCGCUGAGUGCGCACCGCGAUAUGUCGAACGAUCGUCUAGCGCCCGUGUGCGCCUGCGCGCUGCUGGCCGUACUCGCGGCGGCGCUUUUGGCCGCGUGCGGCGAAGCGGCCGCGAGACCGGCGGCCGCGGCGGACGGCAGAUGGCGGCCGUGCCGCGCGGCCAACCGGAGACGGUACGAAGAAGUGCCGAGCCCGACGGGAGACGCGGAGAGCGACGGCUUCGGGGGAGCAGACGGCCGUCAGGAUUUCGACGACGAAGCGGACGACGACCAGGCGGACGAAGACGAAGACGAGUACUUCCCGUCGUUCCACGCGGACGAGAAACCCAAACGCGGUGUUCGGGUGGCCUCGUCGCCGCACAAUGGCAUUACCGCCGCCGCCGCCGCCGCCGCCAACAAUAACGACAACGACGACGAAGACGGCCGCGACGACAACAAGAACAAGCCGUUACAAAAAAAGUUCAAUCCGUUCUCCGCGGCGGCCGCGGGAAACGGUCUACGGAUGGACGCCACGUCAUUGUUCCGAAGCGGCGAGACCGUCGAACUGCCGACGUACGUGAACGUCCCGGUAACGUUGCGGUGCAAAUUCGUACCGUUGGACGGGGCGGAGAACAAGUUCGAGACCAUAGUCGAGUCCAUGUACCCGGGACACGCGAACUCGGUGUCGUCACCGUCGCUCCAGCAGCAGCCGCCACCGCCAUCUCCCGACUCGCACGCGUCCCGGUUGUUCGGUCAGCUGAUCGGCUCGACGAAUGGUUGGCGUGGCGUUGUCAACAAGGCCAUCCGGCCCGUCCGCCGGGCUAUCGACAACCGAUUGGCCCGGCCGGUGAGACUGGCAAACUUCGAAGACUGGGAGCCGCCGUUACAGCUAAGUGGCCGGUACGACAAGAACUACGGUCGUCGGCGGUACGGCGGGGACGGUGGCAGUCGGUGGAACGACGGUGGAACCACUGGUGGCCGGCGGUAUGGCGGAGACGUCAUCGGCCGGCAGAUCGCGGCUCGACAACGCGCUGCCGAACAUAUGCAACGGUACCGAGACGUUCGGCAGGAUCAUCGCUGGCUCGCCCGAGAACAGCCGGAAGCCGAACAGGAGCAGCCGGAAACCGAACAAGAGCAGUCGGAAACCGAACAGGAGCAGCCGGAAGCCGAGCAAGAACAACCGGUCGAAAGAAUGCUCAACGAAAACCAACUGUUAGAACCACAGUCGAUCGCCGAACAAGACCAACCGGCAGGCGGCCAGCAAAUAAACGAUGGCCAAUCGGUAGAACAAAUAAAAGACGACCAACCGUUAGAAUAUUUAGAAACUGGCCAAAUUGUAGAACAAGUAAAGGAUGGCCCAUCAUCAGAACAAGUAGAAGGCGACCGACCUUUUGGACAGUUGGAGAGUGGCCAGUCAAUAGAACAAGAAGAAAGUGGGCAAUUAGUAGAACGAUUAGAAGGUGGCCCAUCAGAAGAACAAUUAGAAAGCGGCCAACCAAUUGUACAGUUGGGAAGCGUCCAAUCAACGGAACAAGUAGAAAGUGGCCAACGUAUUGGACAGUUGGAAAGUGGCCAGUCUUUAGAACGAGUAGAAGGCGGACUAUCGUUGGAUAGUGAAAAGGAAAGUCAGUCGUUCGAACAGUCAGAAAGCGGCCCGGCUCCAGUCAAACGAAUAAUAAAAUACGAUCAACCCUUUGAACAAUUAGCAAGUGACAGAAUGCCCGAGCGAGUGGACGAUCGAUUGGCCGAGAGAGUGGACGACCGAGCGGAGGAUCGAGUGAACGACCGAGCGGCGGAUCGAGUGGACGACCGAGCGGCGGAUAGAGUGGACGACCGAACUACCGAGCGAGUGGCCGAGCGAGUGGAUGACAGCGGAUCGCAAGGAGAGCAGACCGCCACCACCGUCAGAUCGGAUUACGAAACGUUUCACAGGGGCAUACCAGUCAAGACCUUUGUGGAACACGUAAUUACGACGCCAUCGACCGCGUAACCCGACCCGCCACGACUGUUUUUUUUUUCUUUUUUUGUUGGACGGAAAAGCACUACGAUAGGCAAAAGUAAAUGUGCGCCUAAACUGUACGAUUCCAAGAAAAAGCCAAAGGCCGGCGCGCAAUAUUCGGGCUCGUACAGUUCACCCGUCCUCCUCUCCUCCACCCACCUCAUUCCUGUUUUCCUGUUUUUAUGAUUCGUAUUUAUUUAUUUGUUUGUAUCUUUUUUUUUUUUUUUUUACAUAUAUAUUUUUAUUAUAAAGGUCGUUUUAUGUAUUCGAUCGAAUACACACGUGUGUAUAGAACGUGGGAAUAAAAAAAAUACGCAUUGUUCGAUUCCGAAAACAACGGUUUUGUGAUGCAUUAACUAUCAAAUAAACGGCGUUUUUUUUUUCUUUUUUCUUUUUUUUUUUUGAUACGACGGCGCUCACCACGUGAACGCAAAAUCCGAUGUGUAACGGCCGAGGCCGCCGCGGACGAAAAUGCGAUCCUGUACAUCGUCGAUUCGCGGUGAAACGGCGCAACACAAUUAUUUCAAUGCGACACCGAUAAACAAUAAUAAUAAUAAUAAUAAUGACGAUAAUGAAUUCGGUCGGUCCCGCCCGUAACGGGUCGCGGCGAUGAAAUAACGAGCGCAUUUCGUUUUAUUAAUUCGCUUUCGAUUUGCGCGGGUAGCGCACGGUAUUUUUUUACGGACCGUAAUGCCCGCGGCGUCCCGACUCCGCGCCGCCGUACAGGGUUACCGGGUCUCCGAUAAGACGUCAUUAUCAGAAUGACGAUUAUCAACACCGUUUUCG